AUGGACUGGGACGGGCCAGACGAUCCCGACAACCCCCACAACUGGCCGCUCUGGCUACGCAUCUACCACGCCACAACACCCGGCUUCUUCGGUUUCGCCGUCACCUUUGGCACAUCGGUCUACACCCCCGCCCUGUCAGACAUCACGGCCGAAUUCAGCGUGUCCCGCACCGCGGCGCUGCUGGGCAUCACAGUGUACACGCUGGGGCUGGCGUUCGGGCCCAUUCUCAGCGCGCCGCUGAGCGAGAUGCACGGCAGGAAGAUUGUGUACCUGCUCUCGUCGCCGGUGUUUAUGCUGUUCACAGUCGGCGCGGGGUUCAGCAGGAGCUUCGCCAGCUUGAUCGUAUGUCGUUUCUUUGCGGGGCUGACGGGGAGUCCGGCGCUCGCUGUGGGCGCGGGGAGCAGUGCGGACUUGUUCCCGCCGCAUCGGCGCGCGAAGAUCACGGCGGUGUUUUUGAUGGCGCCGUUUGCCGGACCGUCGCUGGGACCAGUCGUGGGCGGCUUUGCGGCGCAGUACAAGGGCUGGCGCUGGUCGCAGUGGAGUAUCAUCUUCGUCACGCUCGCCGUGUAUGCCGCCUCCCUCCCGAUGAAGGAAACCUACAAGCCCGUCAUCCUCGCUCGGCGCGCGAAAGAACGCGGUCUGGAGUCCAAAUCGCCCAGCAGCCCAGGCAGCGCGGCAGUGAAACGCGCAGUCAUCGUCGGCCUGUUCCGCCCACUGCACAUGCUCGCCACAGAGCCAGUAGUCUUUUUCCUCUCGCUCUACACCGCGUUCGCCUUUGGCGUGCUGUUCCUCUUAUUCGCCGCCUUUCCGUUCAUCUUCGCGCGCCCGCCGUACCGCUUCUCCACCUCCCAAUCCGGGCUAACGUUCCUCGCAAUCGGGCUCGGUGUCCUCCUCGGCGGGCUCACGGGCGUGCUAAUCGACCACUUCGUCUAUCAGGCGCAGCAUCGCGCGGCCUUGAAACGAGGGGCGGCGCACGCAGCGCCCGAGCACCGCCUGUACAACGCCAUGGUGGGGAGUUGGGGGAUCUUGGUGGGACUGUUCUGGGUCGGGUGGGCAGCGGCGCGGGGCGCGCAUUGGGCCGUGGUGCUGGUGGGCAGUGUGCCGUUUGCAUGGGGUAAUCUGUGUUUGUUUACCAGUGCGGCGCUGUACAUGACGGAUGUGUAUGGCCCGUUGAACGGCGCGAGCGCGAUCGCGGCGAAUGGCAUUUUCAGAUAUACCCUGGGCGCGGUGUUUCCGCUGUUCACGGUGCAGAUGUACGAGGCGCUCGGCAUAGGGUGGGCUACUUCGCUGCUGGGAUUCUUGUCUGUGCUUAUGCUGCCAAUUCCGUGGGUUUUCUACAAAUGGGGCCCGAAGAUUCGUGCCAGAAGUCGCUAUCCGGUGGUGAUGUAG